AGGGGUUUAUUUCGUCCUCCGGCCGGUUGAGGGCGCUGUCAAAACGCAGGACGCUGAAAUUCUCAGGUGACGUAGCAAAGCUUUGAAGUUCUCCUGAAUCCCGCGAAACGCGACUGUUGGAAAAGCAGAAAAAUUCGAGCCAAACGGCUGCCGUACCAGAGCAGAACCGAGUCGGGGAAGAACUGGAACAGCUGGGGGUCGGCCAUGGUGCAGGAAUUCCACGUGGUCAGGUGUUUCAGCUGUCAGAGCUUCCAGGUCCAACAGGUGAAGAAGGUGAAGAAGUGGCUCUGCAAACUGUGUGGACAGAAGCAGUCCCUGCUGAAGGAGUUUGGGCGAGGAUCCGGCGCUGACUGCCGUCGUCACGUUCAGACGUUAAACGCCAUGAGGGGAGCCAUGAUGGAGGAAGAACACUGCACCUGGGCAUCACAGGCUCAGUUGGAUGAAGAGGAGGAGGAGGAGGGGGAGCAGCAGGUGGAGGUGGAGGUGGCGGCGGCCAAGGAGGUGAGCCUGGGGAGUCGGUGGAGCAAGUACCUGAAGACAUGUGAAGAGGCGGAGCCAGAGUCCCCACAGCAGGAGGAGGCGGGGUCUGAGGCUACAAAGCAGCUCUGUAGCAGCAGGAAGAGGAGGAGGGCAGAGGAGCUUCCACACACAGGAGGAGGAGACGAAGACUCUCAGCUGAUUGGUCCAGCAAUGAGACGUUCUGCUGAUGAAGCUCACUUCCAUCCCCGCGCCUUUAGCUCAGCCUGCUCUCUCAAAUCUGAUUCCGAAAUCCAAGAGGAGGAGCCUCCAGCUUGUGGGCGGAGUCAAGCCCCCAACAUGCCCCACCCAGGACUCAGUGUUUCCUCCCUGUUCGAAACUGAGGAAGACUUCAGUAUUGACUUCUAGCAGCUCCUAUGUGUAGUCUGGUUCAAGUGUGCUGCUGGUGGAGGUGUUGCCGUGGAAACAGGUGAUAUAAAAUUACAUUUAGUGUUUCAUUUGGACUGUUUUGGUUCUCAAAAGCAGCCUGCUGUGCACUUGGCAGUACAGGUGUGUAUCAAGACUCCACCCACUCGGAUUCCUUCAUGUUUUUAUUGUUCAGAAACAGAUUAAUAAAAGACAGAAACAGG